AUGUCGAAAAGCGAUCCGAUGUGCUACAUGGUGGAGGAGAAGGCGUUCGAAUACGAUUACGAUGAGCAGUUCGACUGGGAGCAGAUGACCAGUGCUCAGUGCAAUUGCUCCCACCCGUUGCACACCUUCCUUGAGGUGUGUGCAAGCAUUUGCCUCACCGUUCCGGAUACGGUGCUAUUCGGUCUGACAGAAGAGAAGCUGCUCGAGGCUGCUUUUCCAGCCAUCACGUAUUUGAUUGUUUUUCUUGUUGGCACCGUUGGAAAUGCUCUGGUGAUCUUCGUUGUGAAUCGCUUCAAACGCAUGCAUAAUGUGACGAACGUCUUCCUGGCGUCGUUGAGCACGGCCGAUUUGUGUCUGAUCUGGUUUUGCGUCCCCAUUAUGUUCGUUAAGUACAUGUCCCAUACCUGGUUCAUGGGACGAUUCGCCUGCUAUUCCGUUCACUACAUUCAACAAUUCACGUGCUUUUGUUCUGUGCUCACUAUGACGAUGAUCUCUUUUGAGAGGUAUGUGGCUAUCGCGUAUCCAAUGAAGAACAUGUGGUUGUCGUCGAUCGGACGCGCCAAGAAGUUAAUUCUGCUCAUCUGGUUACUGUCGGCGAUUCUAGCGAUUCCCACAGCCGUUCGAAUUGACUACGAGACGAACAUCUCGCUUUCUGGUGAUCGAGUUUAUUGGUGUCGAAGGAGGUUUCCAAAUGAGUUUCUCGGUUAUUCACGGGUACGACUGAACAGGAUCUAUGCCGUCUACCAGAUGCUUCUUCUGAUCGCCUUCCCAGUGGUGACGAUGUCGAUUUGCUACGCUCGUGUUGCUGCCAUCGUGUAUUCUUCAUCAAAGAGAAGAUUGGCAUUUUCUCACGCAAUGGUGGCGUUCAGCAAAGCUGCCACGGAUGCCGCCCAGUUUUCCGGUUACAGUGCGAUUCCGAUGAUUUCAAAAAGUCAAGGUAUGAAAACCGCCAGAUCCACUAUCAACGCCUACACGAAGCAAAAAAGCACCGGAGCGGCAGAAUCGAACAAAAAACAGAUCGUGCAAAUGUUGAUUUCUAUCGUUGUCAUGUAUACCGUUUGCUGGUUACCUACAAUAGUUGAUGAGCUAUUGACGUCUUUCGGCUACAUCUGUCGCACCUCAAACACACCAUCACUGAAGCACAUGAGAAUGGGGUUCAACGCCUUGACCUACUGUCAAUCUUGCAUCAACCCGAUUUUGUACGCUUUUAUUUCUCAGAACUUCCGCAUCACCUUCAAAUCAGCCUACUCCCGUAUGAAACGUCGUUUGCAAGGUAUGGAGGAAACACAUUAUAGGAUGGGAUCCGGUUCGUCGGCCUCAAUGUUGUCUACACGAAAUCAACAGCGAGUUAACUGUGGAAGUCCUAACACCCUUACAGUUCCUGGAAGGUAA